CAUCGCGAACGCGGCGGAUAAAAUAUAGCACGAGUCUAGCACUAUAUACAUAUAUAGUAUAUAUAUAUUUUUUAUGACAAUUUUAAAGUCGAUCAAAUAUUAAGGGCCUUCAGUUUUUAAAUAGUUUGGAAUUUAAAUUUGUGUGAAGAAAAGGGAUAGCUGGAACCCAUUCAUAAUCCCAAAAAAAGUAUUCUAGAUUUAUAUAAUCGAAAAGUGGGCAGCAGUUGUUAAAGCUUCGAUCGCACUCGAAAUGGGCGUUAUUCCGGAUAUACGUCAGCUGGUGACGCUGGACUUUGAGGUGUAUGGACACGUGCAAGGUCUGAAUCUAACGAAAGAUACACGCGAUCGCUGCACCAAGGCAGGCAUCACUGGAUGGGUGAAAAACAGCAAGCAGGGCACAAUUGUCGGCAAGAUGCAGGGCCCCAAAGAUGAGGUGGACAAGAUGAUCACCUGGUUGUCUACGGAGGGAUCGCCGGGCUGCGAGAUCCAACGCUGCGAUCUGCGGAAUCAGAGCAAUCUCAACCGACUGGACUACAAGGAUUUUGCCAUUAGAUUUUAGAUGUGUUACAGCUACGGCAUCAUCACAUCGGCAUAUGGUGCGGUGUGGCGUGUAGUUUUUUGUGUUUGUUCUGUGCACUAUUUUGAUAAGUUUGUAAAUACGAGUAAAUAAUUAAUAAAAACGCUUUAAGUCCC